UCAAUUUCGAAAUACCGGAAACAAACAAACCUUCUUGAACCAUCUGACAUUGCGAUAGGUUUCUUAUUUUUAAUUUCAGGAAAAGAAACCACAAAAAUUUAAAAACAAAUAGUCGAAACUCACAGUAUGUCUUCCUUAAACGAUAGCAACGACGUCUACUCCUCAAACUAUUCUAGCAGAUCAGGACUUCAUGGUAAAGUAAGCCCCUUUUCUUCGCCGUAUUUGAAUUAUGACCCAGGAUAUCUACCACAAGCGCAACCAGAAUUUAUAUUCUUGGAUGGAGCCAGUAAACAAAGAGGCAGAUUUGAACUUGCUUUUGGACAAAUUGGUGGAUCAUGCAUGAUAGGAGCAGCUUUAGGAGGUGCCUCAGGGUUUUAUAAUGGGUUAAAAGCCACUACAUUGGCAGGUCAGACUGGAAAACUUAGACGAACACAGUUGAUAAAUUACAUUAUGAAGAAGGGUAGUGCUACUGCAAAUACAUUUGGAUCUGUUGCUGUGAUAUAUUCUGCAUUUGGUGUAAUACUUUCUUGGGCCAGAGGAGGAACUGAUGAUGAUCUUAAUACAAUUGUAGCUGCCACAGCAACUGGAUGUUUAUAUAAAUCGACAGCUGGACUUAGAAAAUGUGGUUUGGGUGGAGCUAUUGGAUUAGGAGUAUCAACAGCAUAUGCCCUCUGGGUCAAUAGGGAUAAGUUAUCAGAAUUACGGCAAUUUAAUCCAGCGCAAAGGUAGAGCGGUGAUAUAGUGAAAUGGAUAACAUCGUCUUGAAGUUCCUGAAUAAAUUUUAUUUAUUUAAUACAUGUACAAAUUUUAAAACGAGCCCCAUUGUAAAUAUUCGCCCGAAUCAAAUGUCCUCUCUAAAAAAUUGUAAAAAUCUAUUUUAAUAAAUUAUUAUGAUUUA